AAAGUGCCAACCGCCAUUUUCAACGUCUCCAAUCCGAGACACCAAUGAAGAACGCUCCUUUUGGACUUCAAACCCAGACCCUUAUUGAAAAAUCUCUAGAGCCAUACUCAACACUAGCACAUUUCCUGAUAGCUCGUUUAAUUCCAAUGUCGAAAGUCUCCGAGAACGAGCUAGACAGUGUGAGAAGGAGGGUGGCCUCUGUUUCCAACCAUCUCGCCCCAGUUCCUUUCUCCAAUUAUGUCUCGAUUGGAUUAUCCAACACUUCAAUGAACGAUAGCUAUCACAGGAUACAUGGGGAAGUCUCGACAGAGCAAGUCGUUUGGAGAAAUACCCAUGAUGGGUCCGAGCAGUUCACUGACAUUAUAUAUGACAAAGCUGUUGGCGAAGGGAUUGCAAAGAUUACCAUUAAUAGGCCAGAAAGAAGGAAUGCGUUUCGGCCACAGACGAUUAAGGAGCUAAUUCGCGCAUUUAACGAUGCUAGGAACGAUGCUUCUGUUGGAGUUAUUAUUCUAACUGGGAAGGGAACUAAGGCCUUUUGCAGUGGCGGCGACCAGUCAUUAAGAAACGCAGAUGGUUAUGCUGAUCCUAAUGAUAUGGGUCGUCUCAAUGUUUUGGACUUGCAGGUGCAGAUUCGGCGUCUUCCAAAACCAGUAAUAGCAAUGGUUGCAGGUUAUGCAGUAGGAGGGGGACAUGUAUUGCACAUGGUUUGUGAUCUCACAAUUGCAGCAGAUAAUGCUAUAUUUGGCCAAACUGGUCCAAAGGUUGGAAGCUUUGAUGCUGGUUAUGGAAGUUCCAUUAUGUCCCGUUUGGUUGGACCCAAAAAGGCAUGCGAGAUGUGGUUUCUAGCAAGGUUCUAUACAGCUUCUGAAGCAGAGCAAAUGGGCCUGGUCAACACUGUUGUGCCUUUAGAAAAUUUAGAGCAAGAAACAGUGAAAUGGUGUCGACAGAUACUAAGGAAUAGCCCAACUGCAAUUCGUGUACUCAAGUCAGCUCUUAAUGCAGUUGACGAUGGCCAUGCUGGACUCCAGGAGCUUGCUGGAAAUGCUACACUUUUAUUCUAUGGCACUGAGGAAGGUAACGAAGGGAAGACAGCAUUUAUGCAACGUAGACGCCCAGAUUUCUCAAGAUUUCCUCGACGACCUUAAUGUCUAUCAUUACUGUUGUCAUGUAUAUUAUUUCCCACAUUGGUGGAGAUGAAUUUUUUAAUAAAGAGUGCUGAUAGCUUUCUUUCCUAUCAAUGCACUUCUGGGUUGAUCAGCUUCCCUUUCAACAAUGAGAGAUGGAUAUUGAAGAAACUAUCCACCAGUCGCCCAGAUUGGUGUCCCAUCGAGAUUGCUAGUUGUGAUAUAUUUUUCAUCGUUGUAAUUCAAGGUUCAGGUUGACGUCAUUGUAUUCAUUCAACAGAUAGCAUUGGUAGAAUAUGGAUAAAAUGAAGAAAAAGAAUUAUAAUGAAGAAACGGUUUAUGAUCA